CUCAAGAUGUGGAGAAAAAGAUGCAAAAGAAUCUACUAUACGUAGAGCAGCGCAUUUCUGAAUUAAAAAAGUCAAUUGGCAAUCAGUUCGAUUCAAAGUCAAUUAUUAAAAAGAAUAAGAAAGCAGGACCACCCAGCAUAUUUGCGAAACCAGUCAAUAAUGACUUACCACAACCACCGAUAGAAAAAAAGCGCAAAGUGGAAUCAUCCUCGGGGUAUCUUAAAUCCAUUGACCCUAAACUGGCACAUACAAUAUUAGACGAAGUAUUGGUUAAUUCAGCAUCUGUAAAGUGGGAUGAUGUCGCGAACAGUGGGACUUGCAUUUGCAAAGCAAGCUCUACGAGAAAUUGUUAUCCUUCCAACCUUACGGCCGGAACUAUUCACAGGUCUUCGAGCACCUACAAGAGGAGUGCUUCUGUUUGGUCCGCCAGGCACGGGCAAGACCUUACUUGCCAAAGCGGUUGCACAUGAAUCGAAAGCAACGUUUUUUGCCAUCAGCGCAUCCUCUUUGACAUCAAAAUUUGUCGGCGAAUCGGAAAAACUUGUCAGGGCUCUAUUUGCAACUGCAAGAGAGCUCCAACCUGCCGUCAUCUUCAUCGAUGAAAUUGAUUCUAUAUUGACAGAAAGGAAGGACACAGAACACGAAGCCAGCCGUCGACUGAAAACAGAGUUUUUAAUGCAAUUUGACGGCGUGACGAGUAAUACGGAUGCUAAAGUACUGGUACUAGGAGCAACGAAUAAACCACAAGAGUUGGAUCAAGCUGCAUUAAGACGGUUCGCCAAACGCAUUUAUAUACCACUACCAUCGGCAGAAGCACGUCUAGCGUUAUUACAACACUUAUUAAAAAAUCAAGACUACAACAUCAGCGCCUCAGAAGCAAACGAUAUAGUGCAACGGACGGAGGGAUACUCUGCCAGUGAUAUGAAUGAGCUUGCUAAAGACGCCGCCUUAGGGCCAUUGCGGGAGCUUGGUGAUGAUGUCCUCCAUGUUGGUGCAGAUGCAGUACGACCAAUCAACUUUAAGGACUUCGUGUCCGCACAAGCAACUGUACGUGCAUCCGUUUCGCCAGAAAGUCUUGCUCAAUAUGAGCGCUGGAACGAGCAAUAUGGCAAGACGGGAAUUUAGGCUAGUGAUAUCACCUUAUAAUAAAACCGGAACAAUGUAAUAAACGCUGGUUGUGGUAACAUUAAUGCUAGGGUAUAUUGGUCAUUUGCCGGCUUUUUAUAAUUUCUUUGUGGGUUAAAAAGUUAAAGGCAGCCAAGCUUGAAGCGAAGCCCGUACCGCCAGGAGACAAAAAUUAUGCGCUAGAGAUGUCUUGAUAAACCAUCCCCCAGAAAGCCAAUAGAUCUUUACAUAACGAGUAAAGGGGUCCAUGGAUUCUGUCACAGUAAGAAAGCCCAUUUCUGAGCUAGUGACGCGCCCUUUUUGUCCUCACAACGGUGUCGGCGACUG